AUGCGGUAUAUUCUCUGGAAUGAGUCUAUCGUUCUGGCGGCAAUCGUCGCCCAAGCGAAAGCUGCCGGUAUCCUUCGUGAUUUCUCUGAACUCGAAGCCUCUUACGACUACAUCGUUGCUGGCGGCGGUCUUAGCGGUCUCGUUGUGGCCAGUCGACUGAGCGAAGAUCCAGAUAUCACGGUAUUGGUUGUUGAGUAUGGCGACUUUGACGACUCCCUCAACGCUGCUCUGCCAUACUAUGCGAAGAACAUGCAGUUUUCCAACCUCUUCUAUCUCACGUCUGUCCCACAAGUCGGGUUGGCUAAUCGAACGGGCGGCUUGGCAGUUGGCGCGACGGUCGGAGGAGGAUCAACCGUCAAUGGUAUGGCAUGGGAUAGAGGAUCGAAGGCCGAUUAUGACGCCUGGGAAGAACUUGGAAAUCCGGGGUGGGGAUGGGAGGGUCUUCUGCACUACUUCCGAAAGUCAAGCACAUUAACACUCCCUUCCGAAGAGCUCAUAUCCGAGUAUCAUUAUGGCCUCAGCGGCGACGGCUUUGGUGAUGGGCCGGUUCAGGUAAGCUUGCCAAGUUGGCAAUGGCCUGCGACCUACACCUAUAUCGACGCUUUCCAGGAAGCUGGGAUACAAAUUCGAACAGACGGCGGGACCAAUGGCGUUAAUGUCGGAUUCCACUGGAAUCCGUCCGACAUCGACCCCGUCAAUGGCACGAGGUCCUCGUCACGGAAGGCAUACUGGGAUCCUGCCAGCGACAGACCCAACCUUUCCCUCAUCGUCAAUACCUUCGCGUCAACUGUUAGCUUCGACGGCAAAACUGCCGAUGGGCUCAACAUUGUUAGUCGAGAGAGUGACGAGACGGUAUUGGUGCUUGCAUCCAGCGAGGUCAUCCUGGCAGCGGGUGCCGCUCACACACCACAGAUUUUGCAGCUAAGCGGGGUAGGACCACGAGAUUUGCUGGAAGACUUGGGAAUUGAUGAGGUCGUCGAUUUGCCUGGAGUGGGAUCCAACCUCCAAGACCAUCUAUCGAUAUCUAUGGCGUGGAGAUUUACAAACGACAUGGGACUGAAUCCGAGCGCCCUCAACGACCCCGAGUUUCUUGACGAAGCGUUCGACGAAUAUUGGGCGAACAAGACGGGGCCGAUUACCCACACCGGAAAGCAUUGUCGUGUCAUGCUCUCUCUUCAAAAUCUCACAGAAGAGGUUGACGACAUCGCCGCAGAGCUUACUAGUGAGGACCCGGCUCUCUAUCUCGGGGACACCUACCUCCAAAGAGAGGAGUUGUUAGCCGGCUACGCAGCUCAGCAUGCUAUUCUCGCCACCAUAGUUGGCAAGGACGAGGUGUCCGUCUUCGAACAUACCUUCGGCGGCGGUGCUGACAUGAGCUUCCAUCCUCAAAAACCUUUCUCCCGCGGAACGAUUCGUAUUAGCAGUACUAAUCCGCAUCCGGCGAACUCUCCGCCUAGGUUAGACUUUAGAGCGGUCACUCAUCCCUUGGAUAUGAAAAUUGCAAUUCUGGGCCUGAAAUUCGGACGUCGUAUCAUGGCCGGCAACGCCAUGAGCACACUGGGCACUCGGGAGAUUGCUCCUGGAUCGAAUAUUACGAGCGACGAGGAGCUGGAGGAGCUUUUCCGCACAAGGCACAUCAAUCCUAGCAAUGCCCAUCCGGUCGGUACCACAGCGAUGAUGCCUCGUGAUCUGGGUGGAGUUGUAGACCCUAGGUUGCGAGUGUACGGGGUUGAGCGUCUCCGAAUUGUCGAUGCUGGUGUCUUUCCACUCUUGCCAACAUGUCACACACAAGCCACUACAUAUGCAGUGGCUGAAAAGGCCGCCGACUUGAUCAGGGAGGACAGGCUGGAUAGCCAACGACAGUUCUAG